GAUUCUAAAGCAUUCAUGUCAAAGGACAGAGAAGUAAAGAAGGCACAGGAACAACUAAAAUCUUUACAGGAAAUAAGUGAGCAAGACAUGGAUGCUUUAGCUGCAGCACAACAGCAUUUUAACGCUGUGUCUGCUGGCUUGUCCAGCAUUGCUGAUGGGGAAGAAUCUACUCUUGCUGAGCAGAUGAUGACCUGCAAAAAUGAAAUCAGCAAAGCAGUAACAGAGGCUAAGCAGGCUGAAAUGAAGUUGAGUUAUGCACAACAAGAAUUAAGGACAAAACAAGCUGAAGUCAAAGAGAUGGACAAAGGCUACAAGAAAGACAAAGAAGCACUUGAAGCUAUCAAAAAAGGAAAAGAAAAACUAGAGAACCAAAUACAGAAGCUAAACUACAAAGAAGAGAAACAAGAAGCCCUUCUAGCAAAAAAGAAGGAACUGACUCAAGACAUCUGUCACCUGAGAGAAUUGUAUGAAGGCUUAAUGGCAAAGUUUCCUCAUUUACAGUUUGAAUACAAAAAUCCGGAAAAAGAUUGGGAUCCAAACCGUGUGAAGGGCCUUGUUGUGUCUCUUAUCACUGUGAGAGACCCAUCCAAAGCAAAAGCCCUAGAAGCAGUGGCUGGAGGAAAACUCUAUAACGUUGUUGUGGACACAGAGGUCACUGGCAAAAAGCUUUUAGAAAAUGGUCAGCUAAAGGGUCGAUAUACCAUAAUUCCACUAAACAGAAUUUCAGCCAGGUGUGUUGGACAAGAUGUUGUCAAGCGGGCCCAAACCUUGGCUGGUCCUGAUAACUUGCAUUUAGCCCUUUCUGUUGUUGAGUAUGAUCCUGAAGUCCAUAAAGCAAUGGAAUAUGUCUUUGGAACAACACUGAUCUGUAACAACAUGGAUAAUGCUAAGAAAGUCACCUUUGACAGAAGGAUAAUGACAAAAAGUGUUACAAUUGACGGAGAUAUAUUUGACCCCCAGGGCACUCUGCAUGGAGGUGCGAGCUCACAGGCUGCCCCAAUCUUGUCUAAACUUCAAGAAUUGAAAGAUAUUGAAGCAGAACUCAAGGCAAAGGAAUCUGAACUUGAGGGUGUAGAGGAGGAGCUGGCAAGCUUGAAGAAUGUGGCUGAAAAGUACUGGCAGCUGAAGCAGCAGUGGGAGUUGAAGUCUGAGGAAGCAGAGCGGUUGCAAACGAAGCUUUGUCAAAGUGCUUAUCACAAACAGGAGGAAGAGCUGCUUGCCCUGGAGAAAAGCAUUGCGGAGUGUGAAGAGACAUUAAGGAAAACUAAAGAGAGUCAAAAGAAAGCAGAAGAUAAGUACAACGGAUUAGCAAAUAAAGUGAAGAAUGCAAAAGCAGAAUGUGAAAAAGAACUAAAAGAUGCCCAGCAGAAACUAGAUAAUGCCAAGAAAAACAGAGACGCUUCAAGCAAACAAAUGAAAGAGAAGAAGCAGGAAUUUGAAGUUUUACUUCUGGAACUUGAAGCGCUAAAGCAAGAGCAGGCCUCCUAUGAACAACAGAAGGAGGCUGCAGAUAAAGCAAUCAAAUCCUACCAGGAGCAAAUUAAUGCUUUGACAGCUGAGGUGUCAAAGACAAAGGAAUCUCUAGAGAAAUCACAGAAGGAACUGGCCAAGCAAAGGGAAGCAAUUUUGGUUCAGGAUGAAGCAAUUAAAGCCAAAUCUGAGGAGUUAACCAAAUACAAAGAACAAAGUAAUGAAUUACAGCUUAAGAUGAAAGCAUUAGAAAACAACAUCAGCAAACAUAAUCAAGAGGCUGCUGAUGCUGCUGCCAAGGUGACCAAAAUGCUGGAAAAGUAUGAGUGGAUAGCUUCCGACAGACCACUUUUUGGUCAGCCAAACACAGCCUAUGACUUCCAAACUAACGAUCCUAAAGAAGCAGCUCAGAAGCUGCGGAAUUUACUGGAGAGAAAAGAGAAGUUGAGAAGGAAUGUGAACAUGAGAGCUAUGACUAUGCUUUCUGAUACUGAGGAGAGGUACAAUGAUUUAAUGAGGAAAAAAAGAAUUGUAGAGAAUGACAAGAAGAAAAUUCUUUCAACUAUUAAAGAGCUUGACCAGAGGAAACAUGAAGUUUUAUAUAUGGCUUGGAAAAAGGUGAAUGAAGACUUUGGUUCCAUUUUCUCAACACUCCUACCGGGAUCCAAUGCUAUGCUGGAGGCCUGUAACGGCCCGAAUGGCUUGGAAGGGCUGGAGUUCAGAGUGGCUUUAGGAAACACCUGGAAGGAGAACUUAACAGAGCUUAGUGGAGGACAAAGAUCAUUGGUGGCUUUGUCCUUGAUCUUAGCCAUGCUUCUCUUCAAACCUGCCCCAAUUUACAUCUUGGAUGAAGUGGAUGCAGCCCUUGAUCUAUCUCAUACCCAGAAUAUCGGGCAGAUGCUUAAUGCUCACUUCAGACACUCCCAGUUCAUUGUGGUGUCCCUGAAGGAUGGAAUGUUUAACAGUGCCAACGUCCUCUACAAGACCAGGUUUGUGGAUGGCAUGUCCACUAUCACAAGAUACAAUCAGCUGCAAAACAGAUAA